AUGCAAAACAUUUUAAAGGAGCAAUUAUCUUUUCAUGAUAGUUUGUUGUGUGAUGGAGAGUUUUUCCACAUUCGUUGUUCAGCCCAUAUAUUAAAUCUCAUUGUACAAGAGGGGUUGAAAGUGGUUAAUCCAGCUUUGCAUAAAAUUAGAGAGUCUGUCAAAUAUGUGAAAGGUUCUGAGGGUAGGAUGCAGAAGUUUGAAGAAUGUAUAAGUGCAGUUGGUAACAUUGAUACUAGUAUUGGUUUGAGAUUGGAUGUGGUUACUAGGUGGAACUCCACAUAUUUAAUGUUGGAAAGUGCUAUCAAGUACAAAAGGGCAUUUGCUUCUCUUCAAUUGAAUGAUAGACAGUAUAAAUUUUGCCCUUCAAAUGAAGAAUGGAAAAGGGGUGAGAAAAUAUGUGAGUUUCUUGAGCCAUUUUAUGAGGUGACAAAUUUGAUUUCCGGUUCUUCCUAUCCUACCUCAAAUCUUUAUUUUAUGCAAGUUUGGAAGAUUGAAAGUAUGUUGAAAGAAAACUUGGAUAAUGAAGAUGUCUUGAUAAGUGGAAUGUGUAAAAAGAUGUUUGACAAAUUUGAUAAAUAUUGGAGUGAAUAUAGUCUAGUGCUUGCAUUUGGAGCUAUUUUUGAUCCAAGGAUAAAGCUUGUAACAUUGGAGCAUUUAUAUGGGGAGGUUGAGAGUGAUCCAACUAAACUUCAAGAAAUGAUUUCACUUUUGAAGACAAAGUUGAACAAGCUUUUUAGUGCUUAUGCGGAUAUUAUUACUCCACCUCUUUCUCAACCACAGUUUUCUCAAGUCACAUCUUCAAGUAUGCAAAGUGGAAGUUUAGGUAAAAGUCAAAGAAAAAGAGCAUUUGAAGUAAGUAUUUUAAGUUUGCAUUUGUGA